UGUCGUGAGAAUUGACUCUUGGAGGUUUUCAUUCACAGUGCGAUUGUCUCACACCAAAGCCCUUUCAAUGUUCACCAUGUCUUGAAUGCACCUGUCCUACACUGAAACCCAUGUCUUGCACGAACGAUGACUUGCAGUGUCUCUGAGACGUUCUUCCUUGGCCGUUUUUUGAAAAGCGCAACACGAAGCGCAAAUAACAGCUGAAGAACCGCACCAUUCUUGGUGAAAGUGCCAGCAUCGUGGAAAUAUGCCACCGGCAAUACAACUCCAACACCACAACUACCACCGUAGAGCCCGGGACUAUAUUCCGCAGGGCGUUGCCGCCACACCCUCCACUAAGCUUUUGCUGCGAGCUAAUGUCUCGCUUUCACUCGCACUCUCACCGUCCCCACCACGCGAACCAACGCACACCACACCCUCAGUCUCACAGAACCCAACAUCGAAAAGCACGAUAUUAAACCGCCCCCGCGCCGCACCACCCAUCUCACAUACCCACACCUUCACAACGGACAUACACGCACACACCAUGCAACGCAGCACCGCCCCCACACCACUCAUACACAACAGCCCGGCAGAAGACACAGAAGCAUUGAGUCUGUACAUGUGGCUCGGGCUGCUCGUCUUCAUCGUCGUUACGGUGGCAGGGUGCUGGAGCAUCGCGGUGUGCGCUGUGCACUACCGCGGCGCGACGACGGGGAUGGAGAAGCAGACUGCGCGGCGGGACGGAGAGCGAGAGCAAGAAAGAGGGCGCAAGGGAGGGUGGUGGGCGUGGGUGCGUGGUGCGAGGGCUGGGGGGAAGGGGUAUGAGGCGCUGCGGACUGGGGAGCUUGAGGAGUCAGCAGCGGGGUUGCAACUGGGUCCUUGUGGCGAGGCGACGGGGCGCGAAGAGGUGAAUCCGUUUCUUGUGCCGGUGGGAAGGCCGCUGAGGAGUGUGAGGGUAAGGAGCUCGGAGGAGUGGGCUGAUGAGCAUCGUGCUUUUUUCACUGGGGCGAGGCGGUUGGGUAAGCUGGGUGACGAUGGGCCUUGCUCAACAGCUGCUGAGCGAAAGAAUGUUGCGUUGGAGAUGCUAGAAGCACAGGGAGAAAGGCUGCCACAUGACUAUGAAACGGCGCAGGACGGUGUUGACCGGCAGGAAAGCAGGAGUUGGGUGGAUCUAGGUCUUGCAGUUGUCGAUGAUGCGGUUGAUAGGGUUGCUGCCAAGCUUGUGAGGUGGACGGAAGAUGGAGGCAGAGACGAAGAGCUAGUGCUGCCGCUGGCCAAGGGCAAACUGGACUAAAUACGAGAAACGUAGAGACCGAAAGGACUGACACGUUGAGCAGUGUAGGUGUAUAAUCAGAUCAUUUGCUAGCUCUAACCAUCUUGUUCGUGACUAUGUUCGUGCACAUCCGCAUAUUCUUGUCCUUAUCUUCAAACCUGCAGGCUACAGUCUUCCUUGGUAUUGUCGCUGACUGUGUGGCGUCCGCCUGUCACGGAACAUGCUCGUAUAGCUUAUCGCCGUAUUCGCAGGAGUCCUAGACGUACUGGCUGAGCCACCUGAUACCCUCUCCGUAACCUGAAAUCUGUCAGUAUCUCAUCUCACCAAUCUCAUCUAUC